UCCUCCUUCAAACACACCCAUCUCUCUCUCUCUCUCUAAAAAAACACACACAAAAAAAAAAAACUCAGUAAAUUCAUCUCUUAAUUAAUCAUGAAGCGCAGCUGCAAUUUGGAGCUUCGCCUCCUCACACCUUCCGUCUCCUUCCAUCUCUCCGACCGCGGCGGCUCGGAUGUGAAUGAGAGUCCAAACAAAACGCAGCAGCUAACGAUUUUCUACAAUGGCAAAGUUGCUUCUUGUGAUGCUACCGAACUUCAGGCGCGGACGAUAAUAUCGCUGGCGAGCGGAGAAACGGAGGGGAAAUGGAGCAAGAAUUCGCCGUCGGCGGCGAUGAAUUCGCCGGUGCACGGGGCGGCGACGGGGAUGUCGAUGAAGAGGUCGCUGCAGAGAUUUCUGGAGAAGAGGAAGACGAGGGCACAAUCAAUAUCUCCAUACUAGAUCACACACGCCAUUGAUUAUUUAGUUAAUUUGUUAAUUAGGUACGUAUUGGGAUAUUUUGGAGUUGGUUUAUUGAUUUUAUUGCUGUCGUUGGUGGUUAUAGGCGACGAGAUUAGAUGCAUUGUAUUGGGAUGUUAGGAAAGGUUUGAUUAAUAUUCGAUGUAAAUUAGUUGCUGGGAAAUAUAAUUUAUUAAAUUUGCUUUUUUUGUGAGGAA